CUCUCUGAAAAAUGUUUAUGGCAAAACAGAAUGUAGAACUUGGUAUCGGUGUAUUUGCUUUUCUCAGAUAAUACGGUAGAGUUUGGUUUGUUCAGCGUACUUGAAUACUUUUGUUGUAAGAUACAAUUUAAAUUUUUAUACGAAUUAUUUGUCGAUUAAAGUAUAAAAAUAGCGUCACUACACAUCGGGAAAAAUGCUCAAAAUGUUAGCAUAGGCGAGGUAUCACGCUUAGGAUACGAAUUGUUUUUACGUAAAAUAUGAAGCUCUUAUCGGUUUAAAAAUCUUCACGGGAUUAUAGUUAUUGAAAUAUUGCUUCGAAGAAUUUGUCAUAAUUAAAUUAUUUCUCUUCGAAUUGUAUUGGUCGGGAUUUCUCGAAGUGACUUCACAUUUCUCUACAAAGCAAAAUAUGUCUAUUACUAAAGUACGAUUCUCCAGGCUUAAUUCACGCUCACGAUGAUUCGAAAAUUUGUUCUUCAUUAUUAGGACUAUGACGUUGGCAAAUGGAAACACUGACUCAAGCCUUCAUACAGCGCUACUUCACGAAGUAGCAAACUGCUCAAAUUAUGUAUUAGUGAAAAUCAGAUUCCUAGUAGUUUCAGUGUUUCGCUACUAAGUGGAAUGGCGCUAUUUUGAAAUUUUGAACAGCAACAUGUACAUGUUGUCAUCAGUAGAGGGUUAAUAAGAUCGAACAGUUUCGCAGAAGUAAUUUAGAGGUGAUGUAAUACGGAAUUCAAAACUCUUCUAUGAUUUCCAAUCUGAAAUUCCUUUUUUUAACAUUUUCUGUACAUUGAUUACACGUGCUUACUAACAAUAGUAUUGAUAUACACAUUACAACAAUAGCAAACACUGCAGUAGAAGACAAAGAAUUGUUUUUACUGAAAAAUGUAUAAGAAAAUUUUAGCACAUUAUAACAAAAGAAGAGGAAUAAAGAACUUACCCGAAAUUGACCCAGAACGAGAUAUGCUAGAUUACUGUUAUCCUGAUCCAGAAUUCUUAGAAGUGAUCAGAAGUUUGCAGAAACUAAAUUUGUAUGCGACAAAUAUAUACCAAGACUAACGCUGGAAACAAUAUUGAACGAAAGGAUGGAGUUUAUGGAAAGAUCUAUAAUAAAGCAACUAGCAACAAUGAUCAAGGAACUUGAUUUAAAUAAGCAGAAAUUAUUUCAAUUAAAAAUCAGAGAAAAAACAAUAAUUCAUCGAAUUAAGAAUUCACAGAAUUACGUAGAGUUACAAAUCUUGAAUAUAAAAAAUACUAUUAAAUAUGAAAAUUUUAAGCAAGUGGAAAAUGCUCUAUCUCAACUAAACAUUCUUUUACAUCAAUAUGAUGUAUUAUGCUGUGAGAAUAUAGCUCUUGCCAGGACACCCGAAGAAUGGGAACAAUCUUCUGAUAUCAUAAAAUCCUGCUGUGGCAUUUUAAAGUCUAUUGUAGAUAUAAUUGAAUCUCAUAACAAAUCUUAUCAAAUUAUUAAUGAUAAUAUUAAAGAUUUCAUGAAUACCUUUGGUAUUGUUAAAGAUUGUCACAAAAGGUUCGAAAAAGAUAUUAAUGAGCUACAAGCUCUUGUACUGAAAACUGGAGCUUCGUCUUCAAUGUGAAGAUGUAAACAAAAUAUGACCAAUAAAUUGAAUUCAGUAUCAUAGCAUUACAUUUUUUUUAGUGUGAUAUUACAACUUUGUGUAUGUAAUAAAUAUUACGACAUCGUAUUUA